AUGGCUUCUUGUCAGGGUCUAUUGACUUUCAUGGAUGUGGCUAUAGAGUUCUCUAGGGAGGAGUGGGAAUGUCUGGAUUAUGCUCAGCGGACUUUGUACAGAGAUGUCAUGUUGGAGAAUUAUAACAACCUGGUUUCUGCAGGUCUGUGUUGUGAUUCUACAAAGAAGCUAUUCUCAAAGGCAUUUACACAGGAUUAUUUUCUCAAGAAAAUAAUACAAAGAUUUGCAUGUAAUGACGUUUCAGAUCUACAUAGAGAGAAAUUCUGGGAAUGUAGAUAUGAGAAUGAAGACCAUGAAAUAGAUGAGUAUGGAAAUGAUUUCUUUGCAAAAGUCAUCUGUUUCAUUCCUCAAGCAGCUCAGGAAUCUCCAGAUUAUCUUCCUGAGAGAAUUCAGUCCUCAAAUCUUAAGGGUCACUACAGAAUUUCUACUCAAGAGACAACUUUCAUGUGUAAUGAAUGUGGAAAAAUCUUUACACAGUUCCUAAGACUUAAAGCUCAUCACAGAAUCCAUACCAGAGACAAACCUUACAAAUAUAACGAAUGGGAAGAAUCCUUAACAGGUCUCUCAAAUCUUCAUAUUCAUCACAGAUUUCAUACUGGAGACAAACCUUACAAAUGUAAUAAGUGUGGGAAAUCUUUUACAUGCUCCUCAAGUCUUAAAAUUCACCACAGAAUCCAUAUAGGAGAAAAACCUUACAGAUGUAAUGAAUGUGGGAAAUCUUUUACACAGUCUUCAGGUCUUAAAAUUCACCACAGAAUCCAUACGGGAGAAAAACCUUACAAAUGUCAUGAAUGUGGUAAAUCUUUUAUCAUGUACUCAAAACUCAGAACUCACCACAGAACCCAUACUGGAGACAAACCUUACAAAUGUAAUGAAUGUGGGAAAUCUUUUACAGAGUCUUCAAGUCUUAAAAUUCACCACAGAAUCCAUACAAGAGAAAAACCUUACAAAUGUAAUGAAUGUGGGAAAUCUUUUACCCAGUCUUCAAAUCUUAAAACUCACCACAGAAUCCAUGCUGGAGAAAAACCUUACAAAUGUAAUGAAUGUGGGAAAUCUUUUACACAGUCUUCAGCUCUUAAAGUUCACCAUAGAAUCCAUACUGGAAACAAACCUUACAAAUGUAAUGGAUGUGGAAAAUCUUUUACAAACUCCUUAAGUCUUCAAAAUCACCACAGAAUCCAUACAGGAGAAAAACCUUACAAAUGUAAUGAGUGUGGGAAAUCUUUUACAUGGUCUUCAGGUCUUAAAAUUCACCACAGAAUACAUACUGGAGACAAACCUUACAAAUGUAAUGAAUGUGGGAAAUCUUUUACAGAGUCUUCAAGCCUUAAAAUUCACCACAGAAUCCAUACGGGAGAAAAACCUUACAAAUGUGUUGAAUGUGGCAAAUCUUUUAUCAAGUACUCAAAACUCAGAACUCACCACAGAACCCAUACUGGAGACAAACCAUACAAAUGUAAUGAAUGUGGGAAAUCUUUUACACAGUCUUCAAAUCUUAAAACUCACCACAGAAUCCAUACAGGAGAAAAACCUUACAAAUGUAAUGAAUGUGGCAAAUCUUUUAUCAAAUACUCAAAACUCAGAUCUCACCACAGAACCCAUACUGGAGACAAACCUUACAAAUGUAAUGAAUGUGGGAAAUCUUUUACACAGUCUUCAAGUCUUAAAAUUCACCACAGAAUCCAUACAGGAGAAAAACCUUACAAAUGUAAUGAAUGUGGCAAAUCUUUUACACAGUCUUCAAAUCUUAAAACUCACCACAGAAUCCAUGCUGGAGAAAAACCUUACAAAUGUAAUGAAUGUGGCAAAUCUUUUACAAAGUCUUCAGGUCUUAAAGUUCACCAUAGAAUCCAUACUGGAAACAAACCUUACAAAUGUAAUGGAUGUGGGAAAUCCUUUACACAGUCUUCAAAUCUUAAAACUCACCACAAAAUCCAUGGGGGAGACAAACCUUAUAAAUGUAAUGAAUGUGGGAAAUCUUUUACACAGUCUUCAGCUCUUAAAGUUCACCAUAUAAUCCAUACUGGAAACAAAUCUUACAAAUGUAAUGGAUGUGGAAAAUCUUUUACAAACUCCUUAAGUCUUCAAAUUCACCACAGAAUCCAUACAGGAGAAAAACCUUGCAAGUGUAAUGAAUGUGGGGAAUCUUUUACAGACUACUGA